AAAACAACGGGGCUGAGUCGAACUGUGAGAGGAGGAGAAGAGAAGAAAGGAUCAGAUUUGACUCAUCAAAUCAGCAGGUGGCGAUUUGAGUCUUUCAGGUGAUGCUGCUUGCGUGACGUAUAAUUUAGUGGACGGGACAGGAGGCUUCUUCAACAGCGACAAAAGGCUUCUGAUUUAACCAACGUGGUGGUGUGCUAGCGAACCUAAAACCGAAACAUUGAAGCGCUUUAGACCAAUCUUGUGUAUUUUACUCUUAGUGUUUUGAAUAUAAUUCUUUUUACUUGUCUACUAGUUCAUUUAAACGUAAUUUGCUUGUUAAAUUAGCAAAUGUGGUAAAUUGAUAAUGCACUAGGCUAAUCGACCGGAGCAUGAGUUCACUAAGCUCGACGGAGAAAGAAGCUCUGGUGAAAGGAGAGGAAGAAGCUUUCAGGAUGAAAAAGGAGGAAGAGGAGGCUAUCACAUUGAAAGAAGAAGAGGAUGAUAUUACAGUGAAAGAGGAAGAUGGGAAAGAGGUUGUCAAAGUGGAAGAGGAGGAGGUAGAAGCUUUCAGAAUCAAAAAGGAGGAAGAUGCCAUAACAUUGAAAGAAGAGAAUGUAGUGAAAGAAGAGGAAGAACCUUUUAGAGUAAAAGAGGAAGAGGAGGCUAUCUCAAUAAAAGAGGAGGAAGACGUUUUGGGAGUGAAAAAGGAGGAGGCUGAAGAUCAGAUUACAAACAGAGAGAGACGUGACUAUCGUGGAUCCUUUGGGGAGCCUCAACAACAUCCUGAUGCUGACGAGUCAGAGAAGAGUCUCUCCAGAACAGAACACCAGAUGGUACAGCUUGGUCUGGUCUAGCAUACAGCUUGCUCUAUCUGGGUCUGGGCUGGGUGUCUGUAAUGC